AAAGGAAAAAGAAAAGAGAAAACACACAUACGUUGCAAUUUGGCGGUUCAAAAGUGUACAAUGGUGGUGGUGAUGAAUGAUUAACGAACGUGAGAGAGUGAGAGCGAGUGUUACUGAAGCAUCCACUAACCCUAGAAUCAUCAAUUUUCCCUUUUCACUCUCAUCAUCCAUUUCCACUCUCACUAUUCUUGUUACACACUUAGUAGUGUCAGUUCAAAAUAGGGUUUCCCUCCGCCACGAAACCCUAGAAAAAAAUGCCGAGAGAGAUAAUCACUCUUCAGGUAGGACAAUGCGGCAACCAGAUCGGCAUGGAAUUCUGGAAGCAGCUUUGUCUUGAACAUGGUAUCAGCAAAGACGGCAUCCUCGAAGACUUCGCUACUCAGGGAGGAGAUAGGAAAGAUGUCUUCUUUUAUCAAGCUGAUGAUCAGCAUUAUAUACCGCGUGCUUUGUUGAUUGAUUUGGAGCCCAGAGUUAUUAAUGGGAUUCAGAAUAGUGAUUAUCGAAAUCUUUACAAUCAUGAGAACAUCUUUGUUUCUGAUCAUGGAGGUGGUGCAGGAAACAAUUGGGCUAGUGGAUAUCAUCAGGGAAAAAAUGUUGAAGAAGACAUAAUGGAUAUGAUUGACAGAGAAGCAGAUGGUAGUGACAGUCUUGAGGGUUUUGUUUUAUGUCAUUCAAUUGCUGGAGGAACAGGCUCAGGUAUGGGCUCGUACCUGUUGGAGACUCUGAAUGACCGAUAUAGCAAAAAAUUGGUUCAGACUUACAGUGUAUUUCCUAACCAAAUGGAGACAAGUGAUGUGGUGGUCCAACCAUACAAUUCCCUUUUGACACUCAAGCGGCUGACUCUAAAUGCUGAUUGUGUUGUGGUUCUUGACAAUACUGCUCUAAAUAGAAUUGCUGUGGAACGACUUCAUUUAUCCAAUCCUACAUUUGCUCAAACAAAUUCCCUAGUUUCUACCGUGAUGUCUGCCAGCACAACCACUCUUCGUUAUCCAGGAUACAUGAAUAAUGACUUGGUCGGUCUUCUAGCCUCCUUGAUUCCAACGCCAAGAUGCCAUUUUCUAAUGACAGGAUAUACGCCUUUGACAGUGGAACGUCAGGCUAAUGUAAUUCGUAAGACCACUGUGCUUGAUGUCAUGAGAAGACUUCUGCAGGCAAAGAAUAUUAUGGUCUCUUCUUAUGCAAGGACCAAAGAUGCCAGUCAAGCAAAAUAUAUAUCAAUUCUGAAUAUCAUCCAAGGAGAGGUUGACCCAACUCAGGUUCAUGAAAGUUUACAGAGGAUACGCGAAAGAAAGCUAGUUAACUUUAUCGAAUGGGGUCCUGCAAGUAUUCAGGUUGCUCUAUCCAGGAAAUCACCAUAUGUUCAAACUGCACACAGGGUCAGUGGCCUUAUGCUGGCUAGCCAUACUAGCAUCCGCCAUCUUUUCAGUAAAUGUCUGAGCCAGUACGAUAAGUUGAGAAGGAAACAAGCCUUUUUAGACAACUACCGGAAGUUCCCAAUGUUUGCAGACAAUGACCUCUCUGAGUUUGAUGAAUCAAGGGACAUAAUUGAGAGUUUGGUUGAUGAGUAUAAAGCCUGUGAAUCCCCAGAUUAUAUCAAAUGGGGAAUGGAGGAUCCGAAUAAUACGAUGACAGGUGAAGGCAGUGCUGCAGGAUCUCUGGAUCCAAAAUCAGUAGUAUAAACAACCAAGCAAUGUGACAAGGGUUUGGAGUCAGACGUGAUCAUGAAAACUUUUUCUAUUUUGGAUGGUUUGCGGUGUGAUAAUUUAAUUUGUAUUGUAUUGUUUGUUUAUCAUUUGAACAUCCGCCAUAGUACUGAGUCCCACUGUAUUUAUUCGUUUUCAGCAAUGUAUAUGGUUGGUUAGAUGUUGGUACUGCAAUGUUGAUAUUGAUAGUGGGAGUUCCAUCCUAGGGACUUACUCAUUGAAGGUUGUUUCGCCCCAAUGUUCUCA